GACCAUGCGAUCGCUCAACGAUAUCCGAGGGUCCUCGUCGACUUUGUCGGGAGCGCCCAGCUUAACCAUGAGCAAACCGAGCUUGAACAACAGCAAGGCGAGCCUCACACACAGUAGACAGAGUAUCACCGAUUCGAAUCGGGAAGGCAGACCGCCAACCAGGGAGGAGCUUAUUGCCGAGUUUCUGGAUAAGGCAAAGUUCUACACAUCACUCUGUCUAGGCACCACGGCCAUCCUGUCUGUAUUUGCAUUUCUCUUUCUGAUACCGUUUGUGGUGGAUCCCGCAAUAUCCACGAUCGUGGCGGAUUACGAUCCCAUACCGGUGACGUGCGUCGUGACGGAUCAUGUGUACGCGGAAGGUAUGCGCAACUGUACGUGGAGUUCGUGCCGAGAAGGUUGCACAACCGCUGCUAUCCGGUGUCAUCAGCUGCUGGUGAACUACACCAAGAUAGCAUUUCACGAAUGGCACAAACAUCCGCGAGAUCUGGACAGUAUCGAGUGGGACGUCAUGGAUACGAAGUUUCUCGUCAACACCGAAGGUUGCGGGUAUCCACCACGAGUGAACUGUUCAGAAUUUGCUAAACAGUACGGUUACUCGCACGUUGGAGAACCGUUUCCCUGCUACUACAGUCGUGCCUACCCAGAAAUAGUAGUUGCUCGCUACUCCUGGGAUGACAAUCUGAAGCACCUGAUACUAUCGCUGAUCAUACCGAACGUGCUGUUCGCUGUGUCAAUCGGUGUUCUGAGCUACUGGUAUUGUCCUUGCUGUGAUAAAGCCUGCCACAAGUCGCCUCGGGUCUACGCGGAGAAGUAUCCUACGAAAGAGAACAAACUUCUAUGCCGUAGUGACGAUGAGGAAGACGAACUAGACUACUGAAACAAAAAAAAUACACAUACACACAAACACUGUCUGUCUCACACAAAACUCCACACACUUUACAAUUUUCACCACAAAGCAGCGGAUUUUUGCGUUUUUGAUAUAGUACACUUACUCACGGUAUAUUUUAACGUUUGAACUAUAUUCGUAACAAUCGCAUAUUUUUGAGUUUUUAUACAUGUUUUUUUUUGUUUUUCUCACACAUUCCUCUGUCACACCGGUUAUGUGGAGGUAUAGAUGUUUUAAGUUUCACUGUUUCUUUUGACUGAUCGUAUACAUACCUUCGCGACCAAGUCUCGGUGAGGAGCACACGAAGGCCUGAAAGGCAUCCAUCGACUGAGUGAUGGUAUAGCAUACAUCAGCAAAACCAGUAGGACAACGGAUUCGUUAAAAAAUAACCAAACGCUAGAAAGAGUCGUGGAAGAUUGAAUAUCCGCAAGAGUUCAUCAACAAAAUGUGAGCAUAAGAAUGGCUCCACCAGCAUCAUAACGGAUAACGAGAGAAUCAUGUGUUUCUGUACGGGGAGUCGUCGAAAGGACAUCAAUUGCGGAACACACCGCAUCCAUACACAACACGGUCAUCACGCACACGAUCGGGCUUCAAUGCAUCAUCAUCCUUCAAACUUGUACCAGUUACACACCAGCGGGGAUCAACAAACAAAUCGUGCAUCGCGUUUCUAGCAUCGUUAGCAUAAAUUGUUAAGUUUACAUUUCUUCUUUCGAUUGGCAAAACAAACAACUAGAACAAAACGAAACAAAUUCUCAUUCGACACACAUGACGUAACUGUUGAACGUCAUCUCUAGGCUAGGGUAGCAAGCAGGAUACGAAGAGUUAGCCAGAUGUAGCCGCGGAUAGUAUUUUACCGGCGAAUGUUUCUAUUUUCUGUUAAAUAAUACAACCAUGCACAUACAUACACAACUACUUCCUCUCAAGGCAGUUUUUAUCCUUUCUUCUCACGUUAUUGUUAUUUCGAUAUGAAACUGUUUCAAACCGGACAAACGACUAUUAUAAGGACUCUCAAACAGAAAAGGCACGUGUGGUGAAGUACGACGAAGCUAAUUUCGAUAUUAUUAUUAUUUUUUUAAAAUACAGCUUUAGAAUCAGAGCUCGCGAGGAAAAUAUAAGAAAAAGAUACAAUGAUGAAAUCAACAUUAUCAACCAAAAAAAAAAGAGAAGAAAAAAAGGAAGUAAAUUCAAAAGCUAAACCAGCUUAAUCAUUACAAGAAGUAUGUCAGACAACUCUUACGCAAACAAAAAAUGCCCGUGAGUUUGAAAUGCUUUAUCGAUCAAUCUUUGAUAUGAAACCUAGCACAUCUAAAAAAAAACUUUGUACAUUUUUGAAUAAACCUAAUAUAUUUAUGAAAUAUAGAGCAAUGCUUGAAAGACAGAAUGGAAACAA